UAAUAUUUGGGAAAAUAAUUAAGUGACAUAUGAAAUACUCAGAAAUACUUAAUGACUGAUUAAAUCUUGGCUAAAGAUUGUAAAUAAAUGAGAAUAACAAAUAAAUCAUAACAAAUUGAAAUGGACAGUGAAAAUCCUUAUAGUGUUAACACGAUUUGUCGCAUUUGCUUGGAGUUACUGCAGAAUGGAAUCUCAUACGGCCUCUUUAAUAUACCCGGACUAGCAAAAAAGCUAUUUACAUGUACAUCCUUAUCUGUGGAACUCAACGAUGGGUUUCCCCAAAAUAUUUGCGGUGUUUGUUUAAGGCGUUUAAAUGAUACGCAGGAUUUUCAAAAGAUGUGUGUGGAAUCAGUGGAAAAGUUUCAAGAAAUGGUAGCUAAAAACCUUAUUACAGACCAAACUAUUGCUCUUGCUGCUCUAGAAACGGGUGAUGUAGAUGCAAAUGAUCCGGGAGUAGAUGACGACGAGCCAUCCGACUUCGACCCACUUCUAAAUCAUAAGCAAGAGCUAAUAGAAAAUGCCGAAGAUGUUUUUAAAAUGUUGAAAUGUGUCGACAAAGAUGCAGUUGAUAACGCAGUGAAUGAAAAUCUUAUAGUUACUGCUCAUAGUGAUAAUCAUGUAUCUAAGCAGAACAAAAUAUUCAGCAACGAUUCAGAUUUUAAUGAUAAUGACGGAUCUGAUAAUGAAGCAUUGGCCAACGAAGGAGGAGACAGUGGUUGUAGCUACGAAAGCGAUGAUGAAAAACCACUAGCUUAUCGUUUGCGAAAGUCUCGUUGUUCGAAGAGAGCACUUCGAAAUGAAAAUAUAAUUGAUGACGGGCUUGAUUCAUAUGAAGAAAGAAAUAAAAUGGAUAAGAUUAAGCAGAGUCGUCAAUUUCGGAUAGCAGGAGAGAUAUCUUCUGCCAGCAGUAUAGAAUGUCACGUGUGCCAAAAAAAAUUCAGGAAAGCGGAGCGCUAUGAGGAACAUAUGCGGCAUCAUAAUGAUAAACUACCCCACCAAUGUUCAGUAGAAUCAUGCCUCAAAGGUUUCACAACAGCCAAUGGCCUGCGAUUACAUAUGGAGCAUUGUCAUGCAGAAACAUGUGAAAGUUAUCCGUGCCCAGAAGAGGGAUGUGGUCGAACGUUUCCUCGAACCCGUUUACUCAAUUGGCAUUUGCGCAAAGUGCAUAAAAUUGCGAAAGAGUUGCGGGAAGUAAAAUGUUAUACAUGCAGUCAAUGUGAUAAAAUUUUCCGUUGUCCGAUGGCGCUUAAGAAACAUAUGUAUAAGCAUGAUGGCAAGGAGUUACCCUUCCCUUGUAACAUAUGUGGUAAACGUUUUGUGAUCAAUAGUGCAUUGAAAGAUCAUCUAAUGAGACAUGCGGGUAUUAAAAAUUACGUUUGCCCUUAUUGUGGUGUAGGCAAAACAACCCGACAGGAAUGGAACACUCAUAUCAAUACGCAUACCCAAGAGAAAAGGUUCAAUUGUCCACAAUGUUCGUAUGCGUCUCACAAUAAACAAAAUUUGCGAAUGCAUGUGAAGAUUGUGCAUGAAAAGAUAAAAGAUUAUGCAUGUCAAUACUGUGGUAAAACUUUCGGUAAAUCAAAUGCUUGUAAGAUGCAUGAAAUGACCCAUACGGGAGAGAAGCGUUGUGAAUGCAAAGUUUGCGGAAAGCGUUUUCUUUAUGCUAAAGCUCUAACUAAACAUCUAAAGACGCACGAAAAACGUGUUCUACGUGCCAUUGAGGUAUACCGGAAGCGGCAAAUAGAAAACGGUUUCAUGCCAUCGGAUGCUCCUGAUAUACCAAUACCUGAGCUACAAUCUUCAGAAUCCCACUCACAAGAAGCACAUCAAAAAGUCGCGGAAGAGAUACUUAAGGUUUGCGCAGAAUCCACAGCCGCAAUACCGAAAAAUCCAAGACGCGUUGAACGCGUCGAUAUAUCUGAGCUGGCUGGUACAGCUGUAAAUCCUAUCCCAUCUGUAGCCGUCCCGUCUUGGUCGCCUCAGAUUAAUUUUAUGAUGAAAGAGGGGCCUUAUAUUUGUCCCGAUUGUGGACAAGGAUUUAAUGGUCAGGGAAACCUGAAACGUCAUCAUCGCAUUGUUCAUGAAGGCGUUAAAGAUUUUGCCUGCCGUUUCUGCCAUAAAAGAUUUGCAAAAGCUCAAACUUUAAAACAUCAUGAGAUGACUCAUACUGGGGAAAAGCCCCAUGAGUGUAGUAAUUGCGGCAAACGUUUCAUUCAGUACGUAGCAUUAAAACGUCAUAUGAAAAUACAUAUGAGCAAACCACCGCCAGUUAUUCCUUCGAGUGUAUAUGAAGCACGUGAAGAGCUAGAGUUACAAGAGCGUGAAAAGUUGGAAACAAAGCGAAAAAAGCUUGAAGCGCGAGCGACCAUUGCUGAACUUGCUCGUGUCCAACUGAUCGAAAUGGAAUUACAAGAGCCAAAGGAAGAAGUGGAUAUGGGGAAGGAGUGUGCAAAAAAGGAAAAUCAGGAAUUCAUAAAAAUCGAUCCUAUGCUGGAGCUAGAAGCAAAAACGGAAAAAAACUCAUGUUUAGGCGAUUUUCCACAAAUAAAAACCAGUGAAAGUGAAAAGCAACGAUUAUAAAAGGAUCUAAGCUGGAAUAUUUUUUAUAAUGUUAGACCUAAAGAUGGGGGUUAGAUCGCUGAAAGGGUGAAUGCUCUUGACAUGGAUAAAAUCCGUGUCGAUUCCACUGCGUGGAAUCGGCUGUCGUUAGAGUUGUUUUUAUAACGUUCGAAUAUUUUGGACAAAAAGAUUUACAAUAUUUUCAUACUAAAUAAUUGCAUAUGCACAUAUUUUAAGCCUCGAAUUAGGCGAUAAAAGGAAUUUUAGAAUGUACCAACUAUUUAAAAGAUACAUUGCAGAGGU